AUGGAAGCUACCAUGAUCAUGUCCGUUCCUCUUGUGGACAACAGCGAAAGCAGCCGUAACGGUGAUUAUACGUCGACCCGAUGGCAAGCACAGAUCGACGCUGUCAGCGUCAUUCACACGACCAAGAUGCGCGUACACCCCCAAUCCGCCGUCGGGCUGAUGAGCAUGGGAGGAAAGGGUCCCGAAGUCCUGUCGACAUUCACCACCGACUUCGGUGGUAUCCUGGCUGGUCUGCACCGCACGAAGAUCGGUGGCACUGCCCACCUUAGCUCCAGCAUACAAGUGGCCGGUCUCGCCCUCAAGCACCGCUCCGAGAAGUCCCAAAGACAGCGCAUCAUCGUUUUCUCCUGCUCCCCCAUUGAAGAAGACGAGAAGACGCUCGUGAAGCUCGCCAAGAAGAUGAAGAAGAACAACGUGUCCAUCGACGUGAUCGCCUUCGGAGACCUCGAAUCCGACCAGACCAAGAAGCUCGAGGCGUUCGUCGAGAACGUCAAGGGUGGCGACGGCUCCCACCUGGCCAUCAUCCCGCCCGGCGACAACCUGCUGAGUGAAGAGCUCCAGGCCACGCCGAUCCUGGGUGGUGACGGCAGCGGCGCCGGUGGCGCCGGGCCGGACGGCGGGGACGGGGGCUUCAACUUCGAGGAUGCGGCGGAGAACGACCCCGAGCUGGCCUUCGCCCUGCGUCUGUCCCUCGAGGAGGAGAAGAACCGACAAGAGAAGGAGAAGCGGGAUCGGGAGGAACAGGAGCGCAAAGCCAACUUGGAGGGUAUUCCCGAGGAGACUGGUGAGGGUAGCGGAAGCAAAGACAAGAAGGAAGACGGUGACAAGAUGGAUACCGCUUAA